AUUAUCAUAGAGAUUCAAAAAUUAGUGCAGCACUGGUACUGGUCAAAUAAAAAGGUGCAGAAGAUAGCCACAGACGAGGAUAUUCAAGCUCUAAAUCUCAAACCUUACCUCUCUAGAUGAUCACGCCGGCUUCCCAAUGAAGAAGCAGAUUGAUUAGCUUUGCCUGAUGUAUUUUUUCCUUUGAUUGUAAUUGGCUUUUUUCCUUCUUGGGCCUUUCCUAACAUUGUUGUCGGGUUGGCCCAAACGCUUUUUAUACAUUCCCCGCUUUAAUCUACUUGGAAUUGGAGAAGGUCAAUCAACUUCUAGGCCACCACUCUUUGAUGGCACCAACUACUCCUAUUGGAAGGAACGGAUGAGAAUUUAUAUCCGUUCCACCAACUUCCAAUUAUGGUUGGUCAUCAAAAACGGAGAACAAAUCCCUAUGAAGAAAGUAGGAGAAACCACAGUCCCAAAAACCGAGGACGAGUUUGAUGCCGAGGACGUCAAGAAGGUUGAAAACUACGCAAAAGCUAUCAACAUGCUUUAUUGUGCGGUCAACCCCGAUGACUACCGGAAAAUCUCUUGCUGCACAACCGCCAAGGAGAUGUGGGACAAGCUUGAAGUGACGUACGAAGGUACCGAUCAAGUUCGUGAAGCCAAGAUCGAUUUUCUCACCCAGGAGUACGAAAUGUUCCGAAUGAAAGAAGGUGAGAAAAUCGAUGACAUGUUCGAUCGGUUCUCAAAGAUCAUCAACGAUCUUCAUGCUCUCAAAAAGACUUACACCAACAAGGAUCUUGUGAGGAAAAUCCUGCGGAGUCUCACACCUAAAUGGAGGUCAAAAGCCGAUGCAAUCUACGAAUCCAUCGGAGUCUCAAACGUCACCAUCGACGGGCUAAUAGGUAACCUUAAAACCUAUGAAUCUACUAUUCUAACCCCGUCUUUGGAUGGACAAAAGAAAAAGGGGAUAGCUCUCAAAGCCACCAAGGAACCGGUGGAAGAGGCUUCAAGCGAUGACGACAAUGAAUUCGGGCUCGUCAUCAAGAAGUUCCACAAGUUCAUGAAGAAGGAAUUUGAGCGGAAGGGAAGGAAGCACGACGGUCCUCCCAAAUGCUACGGCUGUGGCGAGAUUGGCCACAUCAAGCCAAGGUGUCCAAAGGCCAAACACGGCAAGGACAAGCCUGGCUUCAAGAAGCAAAGGGCCUACAUCUCUUGGGGUGGCGAUUCCGGCGACGAAUCAACCGACCAAGAGGAGGACGAAGCUGCAAAUCUCUGCCUCAUGGCACACGAAGAUCAAAGCGACGACGUCCAAGAGAAGGAAUUUGAGCGGAAGGGAAGGAAGCACGACGGUCCUCCCAAAUGCUACGGCUGUGGCGAGAUUGGCCACAUCAAGCCAAGGUGUCCAAAGGCCAAACACGGCAAGGACAAGCCUGGCUUCAAGAAGCAAAGGGCCUACAUCUCUUGGGGUGGCGAUUCCGGCGACAAAUCAACCGACCAAGAGGAGGACGAAGCUGCAAACCUCUGCCUCAUGGCGCACGAAGAUCAAAGCGACGAUGUCCAAGAGUCUUCCAACAGCGAUGUUGAACACUAUACAUCGCUGUUGAGCCAAGGUUGGAUUUCCAGAAUCUUCUGGAACAGCGAUGUAGGCUUCCCUACAGCGCUGUCCAACCUAAGCCAAAAAUACAGUGCAUUGGCAGAAAGUUUUUGGACAGCGAUGUUGACCAGCAACAGCGCUGUCAGGCCAAAACUUCCAUCUUCAAAGGCAGACCUAAACAGCGAUGUUCUAGUAUGGAACAUCAAUGUAGAGACCUGACCGUUGGAAGGAAUUUAAGGCUAAAACUUUCCUUGUUUGGAAGUUAACAUCCAAAACAGCGAUGUAGGGAUUUUGGACAUCGCUGUUGGCAUGACCGUUGCUUCCCAUUUUUUUAUAACGUAAGCCUAGAACAGCGAUGUCCAAAUCUAGGACAGCGCUGUCUAGGUGAAUUUUAGCAGAUCCAAAUUUUAUCAAAUCCCACAAAUUGUGCAAAUCACCCCUUAAAUACUUUGGUCCGUUGGAGCCUAUUUUUCUACUAUAAAAAGGGGUGUUUGGG